UUGGCGGCGCCGCGGCUUCGCCAUCAGGUGGGGCCUUGCAGCCCGUCGCUGGAGGCCGCUUUGGGUAACGCGUGACCAGCCCGAUUUCCCAUCCGGAGAUGAGGUCGGGUGCAGGCGCGCAUUCCCGUUAUUGCGAGCAGUCUGAUCCGGUCUCAUUGUGGAAGGUCACCGGGCAGUCCUGAAUUUCCAAACUGCAGUUGGAGCCGUGUCAAAAUAAACUGCAUUGCGGAUUAAAGCGGUACUUGUACACUUACAUCGACUCUGAGGAGGCAGUUGCGCAUUCCAAAAUGGCAACAAUUGCAGAGUUGGAAGAGGCGGUCCAGCAGCUUCGGCAGCAACUGCAGGAAUCAGAAAGUGAGAGGAUGAAGGCGGCUCAGUAUGGACUAGAACUGCUGAAAAAUGAGGCUGAGUUAGACAACAAACUGACAGAAACAACAAAUGAAUUUGCUGCUGCCAGAGAGCUUCUGGAGCAAGAGAAGUAUUCAUUGCAGCGGGAGGUUGAGCUGAAGAACCGUAUGUUAGAAAGUCUGACUUCAGAUAUUGAGAGCAUUAAACAGCAGCAGAAAACACAGCUGAGUCAACAAUUGGAACAAGUGGAGAGAAUUCAUGUUCGUGAAAUUAAUGAGUUGAAGACCAAGUUGGAGAAGCAGAAGUCUGAGUUGGAUGAAGCACAGCUGUGUGAGAAACAACUGAGACACAAAGUGGAUCAUCAGAGUGAAUUACUUAAUGCUAAGUCUGAGGAAUUGCGGAAUCUCUCUGAGCGUGCACAGGAAACAAUGUCAUCUGAAAUGAUGAGCCUUCAAGUGGAGAACAUGGAACUUGAAGCUGCCAAGGCAAAAUUGCAGGAGGAUUUUAAUGAAAUGAUAUACCAUCAAGAACAGCUGGAACUAGCUAAUAAUAAUCUUCAGCGCCAGAUUGAGCGACUGCAGACGGAAAAAGAGGAACAAGAGAAAGAAAUAGUUUCGUACUGCAAUGCAUUGGAGAAAGCAAGAGAGGCUAACCAGGAUCUCCAAAUCCAGUUGGACCAAGCUCUACAAGAGGCUCGUGAUCCGAGCAGUAAAGGGAACUCGCUGUUUGCUGAGGUGGAAGAUCGUAGGGCAAUGAUGGAGAGACAGCUUAUUGGUUUGAGAAUCCAGUACCAGUCCCUGCAAAAACAGCAUGCAUUUUCUCGUCAACAGCUGCACAGAAUGAAGGUGCAGAUAGCCACCAUGUUACAAAUAAAGGGCUUACAGUCAGACCCGGGACAGCUGGAACGUUUACAAUCAAUGCUCGCACAGAAGAAUAAUGAAAUUCAAGCUCUAGUGGUAAAGCUACGACGUCUGGAAAAAAUGGAAAUGAAUUAUGAUUCUGGGGAAAAUCAUAAUGAAGUUGAUGCUGCAGAUUUUGGAGAUGGGCAGUAUUACGUUGAAUUGCUGAAACAACAAAUUGAUAAUGCCAAGAAAGAAAAUCGGACUGUGAAUGAUGAGCUCUCUUUACAACGCAUGAAGGCUCUUGCAGAGAGUCAGCGUGUCUUAGAAGUUGAACGUAAAUUUUAUGCCAAUGAGAGACAGUUGAAACAAUAUCAGAGUGAAAACAUGAAGCUUCGAGUCAAACUGGAUGAGAUGAGGCUUAAAUACGAACCUGAAGAAGUUAAGAACAGGACACAAAACUGCAAGAAGGAGAGGCUUCCGGUGGAAGUGCACGAAGAAGCUCGGCUUGUAUGCAGUGUUACUGCAGCUAAUGAGAUGACUUUGUCAUCUGAUAAAGUGACUGAAACCAGAAAAAGGCAGACUGACGUGCUGCACGAUGAGAAUUCAAUACCUGUAUGCAGUAUUACUCCAGCUAAUGAGAUGACUCUGUCAUCUGAUAAAGUGACUGAAACCAGAAAAAGGCAGACUGACAUGCUGCACAAUGAGAAAUCAACACCACUCUCCAAAACUGAAGUACAAUCUACUCCAUCUUUGGAUCCACUGUCGGCUAAUGACACGCAAAUAACAGAGCUGGAACUAGACAGUAAACAAACUCCUAAAGAAGGCAAACGGGUACGGAUCAUGCAAGAAGCAGGUGAAGUUCAAGUUCUUUCUGAACGGUGGAAGACUGAAGUCUCCAGACCAACUCCCUCCCCAAGGAUAUCCAAGGGUGAUCUGAAAGUAGAAAAGCCAGUUGUGAAGGAAUUGGACAAAGAAUCAGAGGAGGUAAAAGGAGAGAAUAAAAUUAAACGACAGAAGAUACACCCAGUCAUCCAUGUGUCAUCUCAACCCACAGUUGAAUCUCAGUGUGCCCAACAAUAAAUAAAUUAUAUUUGCCUUCCUGCUACUGAAGAUUUAAAUUUUCUUUAUGAUGUUACACUUCAUGUAAGUAAAUCUGUAUGUGUACAAUAUCAUUGCUGGUACAUUGAGAAGUAUAAGAUAAUUAACAUAUCUGACAUUCUGAUUAAAUAAUCUAUGUUCUCUAGCCAAUGAAAAUGAGAGUUACUAAUAUCUUUGUUUGGCGCACAUUAAAUCUUAUAUUCAGUAGCUGUGUUUCUAAGAGUUUUAUAUUUCCUUUCUUAUGAAUGAGGGGAUAGAGUAGAGCAGAGGGGAGAAUGAAACUAAGAGGAAUAUUUGUACACAGAACCUCUUACCAGGCUAUAAUGGUUUUAGUGUGAAUUCCAAAAGGCAUUCAGAAAGCCAUAAAGUUUAAUUCAGGUUUUCUCUAAUUCCCCUGGCUUUUCCCCGAAGAUUAACAACUUUAAACAAGCUAAUAUUUAAUAUGUAAGACUACUGUUUUUAUUGUAUCAUUGGAGAGAAUGAGAGCUUUUUUUGUACUGAUUUAUGAUGACAUGAUUCUCAGUGAAGAGGCUGAUAAGAAAGUUCAGUCUAUUGAAUGAAACACUGAAAAGGUGUGCAGACAUAUUUAUCCUAUCCUUUGUAUAAAUGUCCCUGAGACAUCAGCGAGUGCAGCCCAGAGUAUAUUAACUACAAAGUAUCUGUCUGGCAAAGUCAUUAAAAGCACAGUAUAAAAAAGCAUUGUUUUCCUAUCAUUUCAAAUCUCCCUGGAAUGUUCAAUAAAUAAUUUCAAAAGAUGGUUACUUACAGGGGUGAGCAUUUCUGUUCCAAGAUACCCACAUGCACAAAUGGUGAAUGCUAUCUUUUCAUGUUGAUAAGUUGAUGAUUUGUCACACCCCUGAGAAUUACUUAAAUGCAUUUCAUUGUAAUCAAAGAAUUGACACCUGCCUUUCUGCUUCAAAAAUGGUAGUGGGGGUUUAGUUGGGGAGAUUUGGUAUCCUUUGUAGUAUCCUUUGCUGUUUCAACCUUUAUUAGAAAACUUUACAGGUGCCUAGAUUAAUUUUGGGGUCAAAAAUAUUAAUGUGGUUGUACUGUUUAUAAGUGUAAUCUUCAGAUUUUAUGAUCUGAUGCUAGUGUAAAUAAGUAACAUGCUGGGUGUAUCUUGUAUCUUGUACUUAAGACUAAUCUUGUACUUAAGACUAAUCUAAAUAACAAUCAAAACUUAGCUUGAGCUUUACUGCAAACAAUUUUGUAUCCAGUGGAAAAAAGUAAAUUAAUAUUGCAGUACCUGUAAAGUGUUAGAAUUUAUGUCUUUUAGAACAUUUAAUAUUUGAUCCCCAUAAGUUAACUGCCUAAAUUCAGGGUUUGCAGAUUGUUUACUGAAUCAUGUAUUUUAAUAAUAAAAAUAAAUGAAAUUUGAAUUUU